GGCUGGCUGGAGAUGAUAAAAUUGUGAUCCUCCUUUGACUCAUAGAGGAAAACCAAACAACCACAAAGAAGUGAUAACCUUUUCAGCAGGAUAAUUUUGGCCUCUCGUUCAAAAACGUUUCCCUCUUGCACAAGUGGAAUUAAUGAUGGUAAAAGUCAUUGGAAAACACCCAAACAGGGAGUAAAUAUGAAGUUUUGUCUCCUGAAUGUGUUGGUGGAACUCAUCAUCCUGAGGAAAGGGCAAGCCAUCGUUGUGGAAAGGCUUGUCCAUGAAUCUGGGGAGGAGGCCUCCCUUCCCUGCGAAGCUGUGGGCCCACAAACACUUUGGUUCUGGCUCCCUCUGGAUCCCAAAUGUGCGGGCACCAGCACAGAGAGAGUGGAAAUAAACUGGCAUCCUACCAGGAAUGAAGUAAUUCCUUUUCGGUUCAACCAACGCCUGAUAUACCAGACUCCACAAUCACUACUUCUUAAGAACCUCAUCAUGAGUGAUUCAGGGACUUACAUCUGUCGCUUAUCCAAUGGUUCAGAAACUCACACCAUCCUGCAGGUAACUACAGGCUGCCACAACAAUCUCUUUGUCUCCUUCCGCUGGCUCAGUCUGUCCUCUUUGCAGCUCAACUGCCGGCCCUGUUAUACCCAGAAGACCGAUGCUUUCCGAUGGCUGCUGAAUUCAAAGCGACUAGGCAACCCAGGCUGGGCUAAGAAAAGCAACAUGGGCUCUUCUGUAUUAUUACGUCCCAUCCAGGAUAAGGCCUGGGGACGCUGGGAGUGCCAGUCUAUUUCCAAUCCUGAGUCAAUUUCUGAAAUUUGCUUGAGUUCACCCAUUGGAGACGAGGAUGAAGAUAUUGACUCUACUCAGACCACCUUGUCAGCGUCAUCCCAUGGGUCAAGUCCUGCUGUCACUGGGACUUCUGAAGUUACCCAGACAUAUCGAGACGUGGAUGGAAUUGCAACCUGGAUAUGGGUACUGCUGUUAAUUGGGCUGGCUCUGGUCACAGCUGCUCUGGGCGUGACCUUGUGUUUUUGGAAAAAGGAGUUUUCCAGCAGGUAUCCUGAUAACAACACUGCAAGGUGA